AUGUCGGCGUCGCAUGGGAUUGAGGUGCUCUUGAGUUUUCCUUUUUCCAUUCCAACCUUGUCAAUCCUCCAUGCAGAGAAGCAGUGUGAUGGAGCAGGUUUGGACUUGUUAGUUCCAGUGGAAAAGGAAGCCCCUUUAAAAUGGCCUGAAGGCGCCUUUUCUCUCACUCACUUGAACACUGCACGCUUCCUGCGCGCUGGAGAUCCCAAAGCCGCACUGCGUUCUGCUCACAAGCGCAAGCAAGAGACCAUGAGCGAGACUGCCAAGGACAAGGGCGCCGUCUCUACUAAAGAGAAGGGCGGAGCGGAGAAGAGGGGUAGAGGAAGACCCAAAAAGAACCCGGAGCAGGAGCCCAGUGGUUCCCCGACGCCGAAGAGGCCCCGAGGACGACCAAAGGGCAGCAAAAACAAGGCGAGCUCCACAGGACCUAAAGGCAAAAAAGCAGCUGCUGCGACAGCGUCUGCAGGGGGAAAACGCAGAGGAAGACCCAAGAAAGCAGAGAAAGAAGAGCAGCCAUCCAAGUCUUCUGAGGAGGAGGAAGAGGAAGAAGAGGAGGAGGAGGAAGAGGAGGAACAGUAGAGCAGCAAAUCAGUGCUACCUCAUAUCUCAAUCUCGUCACUUCCCGGUUCAAACUAUAAAACAGCUGGAUUUUUUUUUUCCUUUUUUUUUUUUUUGCGAUCUCGCAAAAAAAACAAAACACACCCUGACAAAGAAAUCCAAAUCCACUCUCGCUCAUCCUCCAUCAGCACAGAGCACACUACAGUGCAUCUCUCUCUCUCUCUCUCUCUUUAUACCACCACUGGAAAACAAACGGACAGACUCUCAUACUGUGUGUGUGUGUGUACAUGCAUGCAUUUGUGCUUGUAUGUUGAACACAGACUCCAUGUCUCUUUCUUUCUCUCUCUCUCUGGUCAUGUCAAUAUACUGGACAAAGAGUUCCUCUGAUGCAGGUUUAAAAAAAAAAAAAAAGUUUUUUUUGCUUUUAACGAAAACUUGUUCACGUUCUCUAGACAAAGGUGAAUCAACCUACUUUUAGAGGAAGGGGGUCAGUACUUAACUUUUUGGCUUGUAGGUGAUUUAUUAUUAUUUUUUUCUAAAAGGAAUAUGGUGGUGGAAAGGGCUUUGUGUACAUGUUUUUGUGUGUGUGUGUGUGAGCGUAACGGAUACCAGUUCAUUGUGACACCGCAUCGAUCCAUUUUUAUCUCUGUUGGAGUCGUGGAUCUGUUUUACUCCUGACUCGGUUCGUUUUCAGAAAGAGAUUUAAACGCAUGCAGAGGACAAAACCGAGGAGGGACGAGGCGUGUGGAGUUGGACGAUGUGUCAGAAAUUUCAGAUUUUUUUUUCCCCGUUUUUGUCCUGUCGUCAAGAGAUUAGAAAAUUGUACUAAAACUAGAAUAAAAGUUAAGCUACCUUUCUAUUCACAAUUUUAUUUUUUAACGAUUCUGAUGAAACCGUGAUCUAAGACCGUAUUCCCAUCUGUUCCCGCCGAUGUAUUUUAAAAACCGCGCUGUAAGGUGUAAUGCUAACCCCGAUCCCUCCAAAUGCAUAUUGUAUUUUUCAUUUGUGUUUUUAUGCAUUAGCUGUAAAUGAAACAAAACAUCAGACUUUUCGGGAGAUAAACCAAACUGAAAUGUCAAAUUCUGAAUCUCAAGACUUUAGGACCGAAAGAUAGUAUUUUUGUUCUCUUUUUCAUUUGCAUCCAUCAGUUAACUUUUCAUCACAGAUGGCGAGUAGUGGAUUAUUUUUUUUUUUCCCACAGGAUGGCGCCAUUUGCUACUGUUCAGUCUGUUUCAGAUUUAUUUUUUACUUUUUGUGUGUGUGUAAAACUCCGAGUCAGGGAACGCCGAUCGAUCCAGCGACUGAGUUUCUCAGAACUUUAAUGCUGCUACAAACACGGUUAAUAAAAAAAAACAAACAAAAAAAAAACAACAAAAAAAAAAUAAACCCGGAAUACUGCAACGUCACACUCGUACCUCACUCUGUCAUUUUAGGACGGCUUACUGUUAAAAAUAAUAAUAAUAAUAAAAAGUAACAAAAACAACAAAAAAAAAUACA